UCUUAGUUUUGCUUUCUGAUGGAAUCUGAUCCCAGAAAAGCUAUAGAAAAAUAUUAACUGUCUCAUAAGCACCCCUAUAAUAUCCUCAAUGUUUCAUUAGAAAUCUUGCUUCAAUAUAUAGUCAAGAGUUGAGUUUUCCUCUAAAGAAAGGAAGAUGUUUGACUCAAAUAAUGGUAGAACUGAUCAAAAUGAGUGUUCUGAAUAUGAUAGGAAAAGUGAAGUUCAAUCCUUUGAUGAUUCAAAGGUUGGUGUAAAGGGACUUCUGGAUGCUGGAGUCACAAAGUUACCGCGCAUAUUCUUGCACAACCAGCCUGUGAUUGAAAAAAAAUCAGAUUCCGAUGUAGCUACUAAGUUUAGCCUUCCAGUCAUAGAUUUAGGAAACUCGGGCAAAAGUGCAGCUCAACGAGCUGAUAUUGUCCGAGAAAUAAAGGAUGCUUGUGAAAACUGGGGAUUUUUCCAAAUUGUCAACCAUGAAAUCCCAUCAAGUGUUAUGGAGAAAGUACUAGAAGGCGUUCGCCAUUUUCAUGAGCAGGAUUCUGAGGUGAAGAAAGAGUUCUACUCUCGUGAUGUAACGAGGAAGUUCACCUAUAAUACCAAUUUUGAUCUACACAAAGCAAAAACAGCUAACUGGAGAGACACCUUUUACUGUGUCAUGGCUCCUAAUCCUCCCCGCCCGGAAGAAAUUCCAGAGGUUUGCAGAGAUGUUGUGGUCAAAUACACGGAUUAUGUGAUGAAACUGGGGCUUACUUUAUGUGACCUACUCUCUGAAGCUCUAGGACUCAACCCGAAUCACUUGAACGACAUAGAAUGUGCGGAGGGGCUACUCGUAGUUGGCCAUUAUUAUCCAGCAUGUCCAGAACCAGAUUUCACUUUAGGCCUUACCGGUCACACAGAUAGCGGCUUCUUGACUAUUGUAUUACAGGAUCGAAUUGGCGGACUCCAAGUUUUUCAUAAAAAUCAGUGGGUUGAUGUUGCUUUCAUGCCUGGAGCUCUAAUUGUGAACAUUGGAGACUUAAUGCAGCUGAUCACAAACGAUAAGUUCAGAAGCGUUCUUCACAGAGUGCUAGCGAAAAAUAUAGGACCAAGAAUUUCAGUGGCGAGUCUUUUUAGAAUGCAUUUUCAGGAAAGAAGUGAAUCGAGAUUAUAUGGUCCAAUCAAGGAGUUGUUAUUAGAGGAAAAUCCUCCAAUAUACCGAGAAACAAGCAGAAAAGAGUUUUUCACUUAUCUAUACAACAAAGGGCUAGAUGGAACUUCUUUAUUGUCACAUUUCAAAUUACAGAAAGAAUGACAGGAUCUGCAGAAUUGUUUCAUCAUCUUCACAGUGUUUCACUGCUUCGCUAUGGUUUUGUGCUCGCGUGUUCAAUUAAGUAUUCUUGUACCAGAUGUACAUGCAUCUUUUAGCAAUCAAAUAAGUACCUCAAGUUUGUUUGACUAAAAA